AUGGAAGAAAUUGAGCCUUACGUGAGGCGGAAACGUGAACAAGCAGUUUUGCGUAUGAGCAUUAAUUCAAGAGAACGUAAACGUAUGCAUGAUCUAAAUGAUGCACUUGAUGAACUCAGACAAUGUUUGCCAUAUUCACAUCGAUCAGGAUCGAGAAAGAUGUCAAAAAUUAAUACUUUGCUUCUAGCAAGUAACUGGAUCAAACAUCUAACAAAUGCAAACAAUGACUUACGCCGAAAAUUAGAUGAGCUUCGCAAUGAAAAUACAAGCAGUACACUUCAAGCGACUAGCUCCAUUUCUAUACCUCAACUUAGGCCUUCAAGUGCCUUAACACCUCUUGACCUUAUCAGGUCACCUUCUUCUGCAAUACCCUUCAAAUUGGUUCCUGAAACAAGCAGCCAACCAGUUCUUAGGCUCACUGUGCCAGCAACAGUAUCAAUGCCCGUGCCUGUACAACCAUGCCUCAAAUCUAUUAAUGGCCUCUGCUUUUGUGUUAAUUGCAUUAUCACUAACACUGGUUUAAAGAAAGCUUUACGGAAAAAUAAUUAA